AGCCUAGAGAGUAAUGGAAACCUUUUGUUUUCAGAUAAGAUCUGUGAUCAAAUUAGUGAUGCUGUCCUUGACGCGCACCUGAAGCAAGAUCCAAAUGCAAAAGUAGCGUGUGAAACUGCUGCAAAGACAGGAAUGAUUCUCCUGGCUGGGGAGAUCACAUCCACUGCUGCGGUUGACUAUCAAAAAAUUGUUCGUGAAACCAUCAAGCAUAUUGGCUAUGAUGAUUCUUCAAAAGGUUUUGACUACAAAACUUGCAAUGUCUUGGUUGCUCUAGAGCAGCAGUCUCCUGACAUAGCUCAGGGCGUGCAUCUUGACAGGAAGGAAGAAGACAUUGGUGCUGGGGAUCAGGGUUUGAUGUUUGGUUAUGCUACUGAUGAGACCGAUGAGUGCAUGCCCCUGACUCUCCUCCUAGCACACCAGCUGAAUGCAAAACUGGCAGAACUCCGUCGAAAUCAUAUUUUGACUUGGCUGCGACCAGAUUCUAAGACUCAGGUGACCGUUCAGUACAAGCAGGAUCGUGGUGCCGUCAUUCCCAUUAGAGUCCACACCAUUGUCAUUUCCGUUCAGCACGAUGACAGAAUUGGACUGGAUGAGAUGAGAGAUGCCCUGAAGGAGAAAGUGGUCCGAGCUGUUGUGCCUGCAAAAUACUUGGAUGAUGAUACUAUUUAUCAUCUGCAGCCUAGUGGCCGAUUUGUGAUUGGUGGCCCCCAGGGAGAUGCUGGCUUGACUGGCCGGAAGAUCAUUGUUGACACUUACGGUGGUUGGGGAGCUCAUGGAGGAGGCGCUUUCUCUGGUAAAGACUACACAAAAGUUGACCGUUCGGCUUCUUAUGCUGCUCGCUGGGUUGCCAAAUCCCUUGUAAAGUCUGGCCUGUGUCGGCGAGUGCUCGUUCAGGUAUCUUAUGCUAUUGGAGUGGCCCAUCCCAUAUCAGUCUCUAUUUUCCACUAUGGCACCUCUCAAAAAACCGAGCACGAACUGCUGGACAUUGUGAAGAAGAACUUUGAUCUUCGCCCGGGGGUCAUUGUCAGGGAUCUGGAUCUGAAGAAGCCUAUUUAUCAGAAGACUGCGGCCUAUGGUCACUUUGGUAGGAACAACUUCCCCUGGGAAGUCCCCAAAAAGCUUAAAUACUGAAUAUGUUGGGCUUCUUUCCCCAGACCUGUUGGUGUACAUUACAGAGAAACCUUCAGGCUCCUUUGUGGGAAAGAGCCCCAAUCCCUCAAUUGGUCCUAUCCUUCUCUGCUCUUAACUUGGCACACUGUUCAUUACCAUGAAUAUCAGUCCUCUGGGGACCGCAAAUUGCACUGUGCUUUCUCCUCUGCCCAAUGCGCUUGACGUACAAGUAGAGCCAGUUGAGCAUAGGCACAAUACAAGAUCCAUAGAGAAGAAAGGCUGUAAGCAAAACAGUGCUUCAGCCUAAUCUUUUGCUUUGCCCAAAGGCUAACCUUACCUUCAAAAAAAAAAAAAAAAGCCC